AAAAAAAAGAAGGGACCAAUCUAGAAGGCGAGCCGUGUAGAGGCUUAAACUUCCGGGUCACUAACAACCAGACGGAGGUGGCUCCGUUGGAAGGGGGAAGGUGGCGUCGCGUUGCCCCAGGCGAUGAGAUAAAGGGUGGGUCUUUGUGAAAAGGGGAGGGGCCUGAUUACUCCCAGCCAAUGGAGACGACGUGGCCUGGAGGCGGCGCUGGAUAGGGCCUGGAGGAAGGCGGGGCUUGCGUUGCCAGAGUAACCGGAUCAUCCGCGGUGUUGUCUUCCUGUCUAGAUAUACCUAUUUCCUGUGCUGAGGUCCACAAACUAUGAGUGCAGCCUCAGACUGACGUGGAGGUGUCUCAACACUUACUGGAUCGGAAUCUUCCCUAAACACUGGAGUCUCCUCUCCCAAAUGGUGCAGUUCUGCUUUUUAUCUCCUGCCAGGACCGUCCAACAAUAGACGUCUGCUGGCUCAGCUGGUAGUUUAUUGCAUACUUUCCAGGUCUCCGUACUUUAGCAGCAGCCUGCACUGCAUCCUCUGGCACCAUGAAAGCUGGUCAGCAGGGAAGAAGCUUACAGCCUGGUUCCAGUUUGGUUUCUCUGUAUCUUGCACCCAAGAAUCAGAGUGAGAGGUUCGCUUUCGUUGCAGAGUGGUAUGAUCCCAACGCCUCACUGCUCCGACGCUAUGAGCUCCUGUAUUACCCCGCAGAUGGAUCUGUUGAAAUGCAUGAUGUAAAGAACCGUCGCACCUUCUUAAAGCGGACCAAGUAUGAGGACCUGCGCGUGGAAGAUUUAUUUAUAGGCAACAAAGUGAAUGUCUUUUCUCGACAACUGCUGUUGGUUGACUAUGGGGACCAAUACACAGCUCGCCAGCUGGGCAGUAGGAAAGAGAAAACAUUAGCCCUGAUCAAGCCAGAUGCAGUAUCAAAAGCUGGAGAAAUCAUUGAAAUGAUAAACAAAAGUGGAUUUACUAUCACCAAACUCCGGAUGAUGAUGCUUUCAAGGAAAGAAGCAAUAGACUUUCAUGCAGAUCACCACUCAAGGCCUUUUUAUAAUGAACUGAUCCAGUUUAUUACAAGUGGGCCUGUUAUUGCCAUGGAGAUUUUAAAAGAUGAUGCAAUAUGUGAGUGGAAAAGAUUGCUUGGACCUGCAAACUCUGGGCAAGCUCGUACGGAUGCCCCUGGAAGCAUCAGAGCCCUCUUUGGGACAGAUGGCAUAAGAAAUGCGGCUCACGGCUCUGAUUCUUUUGCAUCUGCUGCCAGAGAAAUGGAGUUAUUUUUUCCUUCAAGUGGAGGCUGUGGACCAGCAAACACUGCUAAGUUUACCAACUGCACCUGUUGCAUUAUUAAGCCCCAUGCCAUCAGUGAAGGACUAUUGGGAAAGAUCUUAAUAGCUAUUCGAGAUGCAUGUUUUGAAAUCUCAGCAAUACAGAUGUUCAAUAUGGAUCGGGUUAAUGUUGAAGAAUUCUAUGAAGUUUAUAAAGGCGUUGUGCCUGAGUAUAAUGAUAUGGUGACAGAAAUAUGCUCUGGCUCUUGUGUAGCCAUAGAGAUCCAGCAGAAUAAUCCUACAAAGACAUUUCGAGAGUUCUGUGGACCUGCCGAUCCUGAAAUUGCCCGGCAUUUACGUCCUGAGACCCUCAGAGCAAUCUUUGGUAAAACUAAGAUUCAGAAUGCUGUUCACUGUACAGAUCUGCCAGAGGAUGGGCUCCUAGAGGUAAGACAAAGCAUUGUGGGAAUCCUGCUUAUACUCCGGGUGCACCAGUAAUCUCCAAGUUCUUGUACAUUUCAAACCAUUUUAUAGUCUGGGGUUACAUUGGUUCUUGGCCAUCC